AUGAUGGUAAAUCACAUGGUGGAUAACCAGCUCAAAGGUCAGGCAAGGGAGACCUUCUCCUUCACUGCACAGGGACAAUGUGAGUUUGAUGAAGUCGCUGUUUACUUCUCGGAGGAUGAAUGGGGCUGUUUAACAGAAGAUGAUAGAGAGCUUUACAUGGACGUGAUGAUGGAGAAUUACCGGACCCUUAGGUCUCUGGGAUGGACCUGUGUGAUACCUCCCGUUGUAUCCAUUAUCGAGCGAGGAGGAGAGCCAUAUAUGAGGCAUCACCAACCAUUCAAGGAGACAAAAUGUUCUAUAUAUGGUGACAUCGUGGGUGGACCUGUAAGAACUACUACACAAGAACUACCGGUAUUUCAUAGACUUGUGUCUUUAUCACACGGUAUAAAUGAUAAUAUUGAAAUCAACAAACCAAAAUUCAUUGUAAAAAAUGAACCCUGGAAGAGGUCAAGCAAAUCAGUGCGCAAAGUGGAACGGGAAAUGUGUGAAAAUGGAAAUAUCACAGAACCCAUAAUUUAUACACUGACAAAAUAUACAUCUAGACAUAUUAAGGAGGAGCAAACCUUCUGUGAGGAACAACCCCCAGACACUGCUAUUUAUAGAAUUCCAGAACAUCUACAGACAAAAUAUAACUUCACUUACAUUAAGGAGGAAUCAGUCUUGUGUGGGGAAGGAAAUGAUUACCUCAAAAUGUAUCCAACAGCAGAACAAGCACUUUUACAAUGUGCGUCUUGUGUUAAAGAGGAACCAGCCUCACCGCUUAACAGAAAUUUAACUGACAUUUAUACAUCUCAUAUUAAGGAGGAAUUGACCUUGCAGGAUGAAGAAAAUACCUCAGACACUAACAAUUCUACACCCAUAGGACAUACACAGACAGAAUACCCAGCGGAAUGCAAUUCAUGUGAAGAAGAAAGUAACACAAACGUAAACCCUUUUUCCACUACAAAAGACACAAAGACCGACUAUAGAUCUACGUGUAUUAAACCGGAGCCUGCUUUGCCUGUAGGAAGAAAUUUUAGAGAAACUGGUACUACUAUACCCACGGAACAUGUACAGAUAGAAUAUACAUCUACUCAGAUUAUGGAUGAAUCAAUCGUGUGGGAAAAAGAAAAUUCCACAGACCAUUAUUCACCCAGAGAGCAUACAGAGACUGAAUAUGCUUCUACUCAUAUUAACGAGGUAUCUUCUUCUAAUGAAGAAGGAAAUCUCCCUGACAUGGAAAUGUAUACAAUUUCACAAACAGAAGAAAUCUGGUUUAACACUGAAUACAGAGGAGGAAAAAGCAGGGAAGCGGAUAAACCAUAUUCAUGUUCUGAAUGUGGUAAAUGUUUUACCCGUUCUUCAAACCUUGUUACCCAUAAGAGGAUUCACACUGGGGAGAAACCAUUUUCUUGCUCUGAAUGUGUUAAAAGUUUUACUCGUUUUUCAAAUCUUGUUACCCAUAAGAGGAUUCACACAGGAGAGAAACCGUUCUCUUGCUCUGAAUGUGGUAAACGUUUUACUCGUUUUUCAAAUCUUGUUACCCAUAAGAGGAUUCACACAGGAGAGAAACCGUUCUCUUGCUCUGAAUGUGGUAAAUGUUUGACUAGUAAAAAAAACCUUGUUGUACAUCAGGGGACUCACAAUGGAACAAAACCAUUGUCAUGUUCUGAGUGUGGGAAAUGUUUUACUUACAAGUCAAGUCUUAAUGAACAUCUGAGAAUUCACACAGGAAAAAAAUUAUACUCAUGCACUCAAUGUGAGAAGGUUUUUACCCGUUCCUCUUAUCUUGUUGAGCAUCAGAGGACCCACACUGGAAUAAAGCCAUUCUUGUGUACUAAAUGUGGGAAAUGUUUUAAUAGGAAUUCAUGUCUUGUUCAACAUCAGAGGCUUCAUAUGGGCUAGAGACUGUUUUCUAUCUCAAAUAGUGUGAAAUGUUUGACCUGGUGUCUUCUUGGUGAAAGUAAUUAGCUUUAA